AUGCGUUUUUUGACGCUAUUGAUUUAUUUGAGUAACAGAAUUCAUCUUGCAAAGGAUGAGCAGGAUCUCUCCCAAAAAUGCAUGUGUAAUGACAUCAAAUAUUUGGCUUUUGAGGAGUCGCAAUCUGUGAAGAAAUGCAAGACAAAGUUGAGUCAUGGUGAAGAGGCAACCAAGGGCAACACUCAAGUUGGGGUUGUACCUGAAAAGGGAGUAUAUUCUCCUAUAUAUGAGGAACAUUUUGAAGAGAACUGGAGUAGGGAAGUAACUGAUCCUAAGAAGUUGAGCUCGAAUGUGCUUGAAAGGGGUGUGGAAAGAUAUCUUUUAGGUGAGUGGUAUGACUUUGCAAAAGAUGUGCAUUUGAAGGUAGGUGAUAAAUUGCAUUUUUGCAUUUGUUAUCCUCCUGUGGAUGAAAUCUUGGGUUCAGUGGAGCGUGGCAAUGCAACUCGAGGAUGGCGUUGA